AUGGAUCAGGAGAGAAUAGGAAACAAGAUGAUGAAUAACUCAUUAUCGAGAAUUUCAGCGAGUAAUAGCGAUAGUAAAACAUUAAAAAGUAUAGCGGUAAGAGAUCAUGAACAGGACGACGAACAACAUAAGAUACCGCAUAUGCCGCAUCCGCCUUCUAUUCCAAAUUAUAAAUCAAGACAUGGACGUACUACUGUUCAUCCACUUCUUCAGUCGCAAUCCUCAUCUAGCGACAGCGAACAGGAUGGAGAUAAAAAUAAAGACAGGACUGUAACUACCAAGAUAAGAAAAAAGCAAGAUCACAAAACACAUAAAAGCCCAAUCUAUUCUAGAAUUAGGAAUACACGUAUUGUACCAUCAAGUCCAAUUGCAAUUGGUAGUAAUCAGCCAUUAAUACAAUCGCCAAAGCGGAGAGGAAGCCUGCAUUCGCUUGAUAGUAAUAGCUCUUGGAAUACUAAUUGGAGUGUUUAUCAGGGAUCAACGCAGACAUCAACACCUCAACAAGCAGAUAAAAUUCAUUCAAAACUACAAACAACUGGAAAAUUAUCAAAAUUAAGGUUGCCAAUGGAUCAACAUGGCCAACAAUCUCUAACUAAAUCAGAAACUGAUCUAAGACCUACGGCACUACCACCAAUCCAAUCGAUACAGUUAAAAGGGGAUCAUGACGGCCGUGAUAACCCAAAUGGUAGUCUACAAGCUUAUCGAAAUCGCGUCGGUUCAUUCGAUUAUAACCUAAAUCGGCAAUAUCAUAGUGAUCAAAACUUAAAAAAGUUAGGAGAUGGUAGAGUGAAAUUAUCUAGUAUGUCUUUAGAUGAUCACAACCUGAACAAAUCAACAAAGUUUAACCAAAGUACUGUCAUGCUACCAAUUUAUACGGAUCAUAUCCGUAAUGGAACAUAUGAAAAUCACCAUAAAGAAAUGGAAUUAGAUCGUUACUUUCCUGACCGACAAGUUUCACUCUUUGUAGGAACAUGGAAUAUGCAUGGAGAAAAGGAUUUACUUGAUAUUCUAUGUAAAAAAGACUUUAGCUUAUUUCAUAAUCUGGACCAAGCUUGA